CAGCGUUACAAUAUACUUUCACUGAACCACUUGCACACUAAACAUUACUUGCAACUUUCAAAUUAUGAGGCACGGUGGAUCAAGGCGGAGACGAUUGUCGGCAAGACUAAUCAUCGCCGCUUUUGCAAUUUUUAGCACUGGCGUUGGCUUGUUGAUGCUUUUGAUUAUGAUGUUUGCACUCACAUCGAUUGCUCCUCCCACUCCUAAUGUUGAUAAGUUUCUUCAAAACCCAGCCGACGUCGUUUCUACUCCCGUUUUUCCAGAAACAAAGACCGAGAAUAUUACAGUUGGGAGCUCGAAUUCGAGUUCAAGUUUGAAGCGGUGUGUCACGGUGGAAGAAAUGGGCGAGGUUUUUAAGGGCCAUGUUUGGGAAGAAAGUCUUAGAGUUAGAAAACUCAUUCAAAAUCACUUCCUUUUAAAUGGGGCUUCGAGAGUCCGUAGUCUUCCACCAGAGCAGUUCUGCAGACAUGGGUUUGUGAUGGGGAAGUCAUCAGAAGCAGGCUUUGGAAACGAAAUGUACAAGAUCUUAACAGGUGCAGCGCUGAGUGUGAUGUUGAACCGGUCACUAAUAAUUGGGCAAACCAGGGGUAAAUAUCCUUUUGGCGAUUAUAUUUCUUAUUCCAAUGUUUCCUUUACCUUGGAAGAAGUCAAGCAUCUCUGGAGACAUAAUGGUUGUGUGAAGAAGUUUGGAAGACAUCUGGUUAUGAGGAUAGAUGAUUUUGAGAAGCCAGCACAAACAAAUGUCCUCUGUAGCAACUGGAGGAAAUGGGAGCAGCCUAUUAUAUGGUUUCAAGGCACAACAGAUGCUGUGGCAGCUCAGUUCUUCUUGAAGAAUGUACACCCUGAAAUGAGGAUGGCAGCUUCUGAUUUAUUUGGACGUAUAGAUUCUCUCCAAGCCCGACCUAAUGUCUUUGGUGAGCUAAUGAGGGCACUGAUAUCCCCGUCAGAAGAUGUUAAGGAAGCUGUCAAUUGGGUUCUCAAUAAUGGGGUGGAUCCGGAUGUUUCAUUGCAUAUGCGGAUGCUCACGAAUAGGUACUGA